AUUAUUUCGAUUCCAUCCUCUCCUCCUCAUAUGUGCUAGGGUUUAAGCAGCACCUACGAACAACGCAGUCGGAUUCCUGUUCCCGGUUGAGAUUUGCCUGCGUAAUCGUAUCUCCGGCUUGCAAAAAUGGCGCGAAACGAGGAAAAAGCUCAGUCGAUGCUCAACAGAUUCAUCACCAUGAAAGAGUCGGAGAAGAAGAAGCCCAAGGAGCGGCGUCCGUACCUGGCCUCGGAGUGUCGCGAUCUGGCUGAGGCCGACAAGUGGAGGCAACAGAUCAUGCGAGAGAUCGGUCGGAAAGUCGCCGAGAUCCAGAACGAAGGGCUGGGAGAGCACCGGCUCAGGGAUCUGAACGACGAGAUCAACAAGCUCAUACGCGAGAAAUCGCAUUGGGAGCGACGCAUCGUUGAGCUUGGAGGUCCGAAUUACACGAAACACGCGCCGAAGAUGACGGACCUCGAAGGGAACAUCGUCGACGUCCCGAACCCUAGCGGCCGUGGGCCUGGGUAUCGGUAUUUCGGCGCGGCGAAAAAGCUUCCCGGAGUGAGGGAGCUAUUCGACAAGCCGCCAGAGCUGAGGAAGCGGAGAACGAGGUACGAUAUAUACAAGAGGAUCGACGCGAGCUAUUAUGGGUAUAGAGAUGAUGAAGAUGGGAUACUGGAGAAGUUAGAGAAGAAGGCGGAGGAGGAGAUGAGGCGGAGAGCGGUGGAUGAGUGGAGGAGAGUGGAGGAGGUGAGGAGGGAAGCGAGGAAGGGAGCGACGGAGGUUGUGAGCGUGGGUGCGGCCGUGGCGAAGGAAGUGUUGUUCGAGGAGGAGGAGGAAGUGGUGGAGGAAGAGAGGAGGAGAGAGAGGGAGAGAGAGGAGAAGGAGAAGCAGAGUGAGUUCGUGGUUCAUGUUCCAUUGCCGGACGAGAAGGAGAUCGAGAGGAUGGUGUUGGAGAAGAAGAAGAUGGAGUUGCUGAGUAAGUACGCCAGUGAAGAUUUGGUGGAGCAGCAGACUGAAGCCAAAGCCAUGCUCAAUAUCCAGAGAUAAGAGAGAGAUGACAGCAUUCUGACUGGUCACUAACGAGGUUGUCUGAAUUCCAUGGUAAAGUAUCUUUGAGCUUGUUUGAUACUUGGCAUUAGGCAGAGUAGCUGGUACUCAGUUGUGUCCGAGAAAUAGUGAAUUGCUCUGAAUUUAUGCAUCGAUCGAUCAUAUGUUGUGCGUAGAAAGGUUGCUAUAAUUUGAUUCGUAUGGACAACAACUGUGGUUUUCGUGUUGCUUGGUCUUUCAUUGGUCAAUAAAAUGCGUUAGCUUUGGUACUA